AUGGAUGUGCCGGCGAGAGGCAAUGUAUUGGGCCGCGUGGUGCCGGCACGCUACAUCUUGGCGGUGUUGGGCUCCAUCGGCAUGGCCAUCGUGUACGGGCUGAAGGUGAACCUGUCCGUGGCCAUGGUGGGCAUGAUGAACCACACCGCCAUCAGACUACAAGCGGCAGCCGACGAACAUAACAAACACCAUGGCCAAAACUACACUACGCCGAAACCUGUGGUAGAGGUGGAAUGUGAAGGAACUGGGGGUAACAAUACGGCAGCCGAGUUAGACGGCCCAUUCAUAUGGCCCACGGAGGUGCAAGGCCUCGUGUUGAGUUGUUACUUCUGGGGCUAUUUCGUGUCUCAAAUGCCUGGCGCCCGAGUAGCAGAGCUGUUCUCGGCUAAAUAUGUGAUGUUCUUCAGUGUGGGCAUCAACGUGGUGUGCACUCUGCUCACACCGGUGAUGGCGCAGGUGCAUUAUGUCGCCGUCAUCUUCAUGAGGAUCGGGGAGGGUAUCGGUGGAGGCGUAACAUUCCCCGCUAUGCACGUGUUGCUGUCAAAAUGGGCGCCGCCAGCAGAGCGCAGCGUAAUGGCAGCCCUGGUUUACGCGGGAACUUCUCUCGGGUCGGUCAUAUCUAUGCUGAUGGCUGGAGUUCUCACGGCUAACGUAGGUUGGGAAAGCGUUUUCUACGUGAUGGGUGGACUGUCCUGCCUCUGGUGCGUGCUGUGGGUGUUCCUGGUGCAGGACUCACCGCAGCAGCAGCCUCUGAUCAGUCACGAAGAGAGGCACAUGAUCGUCACUUCGCUGGGCGGCAGUGAUACGGAUAACCAUUCCCACCAUAAGAAACUGCCGGUACCGUGGGGUGCGGUGCUCACGUCUCCUGCAUUCCUGGCCAUCUUGGUAGCCCACACGUGCUCCAACUGGGGCUGGUACAUGCUGCUCAUCGAGCUGCCCUUCUACAUGAAGCAAGUGCUCAAGUUCAACAUGACUGAGAAUGCAGUGACUACUGCUUUGCCGUUCCUGUCCUUGUGGAUAUUCAGUAUCGUCCUCAGCAGGACCCUGGACUGGCUUAGAGGGAAAGGCAUCAUCACAACUACCAUUGCUAGGAAGAUUGGAACUCUAUUCGCGUCGGUGGUGCCCGCCAUUUGCCUGCUCGCCCUUUGCUACAUCGGUUGUAACCGCGGUGCGGCGGUGGCGUUGAUGGCGAUCGGCGUCACCUGCAUCGGCGGCAUGUUCUGCGGCUUCCUCUCCAACCACAUCGAUAUCGCACCUAACUUCGCCGGUACCUUGAUGGCAAUAACCAACACAGUGGCUACGAUUCCGGGCAUAGUGGUGCCCAUAUUUGUGGGUGUGCUCACUCAUGGCAACGAAACCAUAGGCGCUUGGCGAGUGAUUUUCUUCGUGACUAUCGCUUUGUACAUCAUUGAGAUCGUGGCUUACACAAUAUUCGGAUCGGGCGAAGAACAACCCUGGAACCGCAUACCAGACAACAACGAGAUUGUAGAAACGAAACCACUAAACAAAGAGGAGAAGGCAGUAGAGUCAAUCUAA